AUGGCGGUCACCGCUGAAAAUCUUCAUGACGACAAGGGUCCUAAGAUCCUGGCCGUGCUAUGGACCUUGACUGGACUAACCACCAUCAUGGUCGUAGCUAGGGUCUACAUCCGACUCAGGUUGCUGCGGAACUUUGGUUUGGAUGAUUAUUUGAUUGUGAUUUCCAUGGUAAGGGACUUUGGGCUCUGUCUUCUCUAUGCGAAUCUAACUGGAGCCUGUGUACUAGAUAAUGGGGCUUGCAUACUGCGCAAUCUCUACAGUAGGCUCAGCUUUUUGUUUGGAAUCCUCUCCUUCACUAUUCCCAAGAUUGCCGUGACCUCCAUGUUGAUCCGAAUCUUGAAUCCCAAGCCAAUGCACAAGGCUAUACUGUGGACGAUGGUUGGAACUGCAGCUAUCGUGUCCAUUAUCUGCAUUCUGAUUUUGUUCACAAUGUGCGAUCCGGCAGAGGCAUUGUGGACGCCCAGACUUAUGGCAGCAGGCGCCACCUGCAAAAGUACAACCAUGCUCAUUGACUAUGCUAUCUUCACUGGAGUUGUCUCCGCUGUUGUUGAUCUAACACUGGCCGUUUACCCGACCACCGUCCUGCUGAAGCUCCAAAUGUCUCUACGAAAGAGACUUGCGCUAUGUGCUGCUUUAGGGCUUGGUGCAAUUGCUUCUGCAAUGGCGAUUAUCAAAUGUACCCAGCUUCAUGGACUCGCCGACAAAGAAGAUUACACAUACGGUACUGCCGACCUCGUCAUGUGGACCAACAUUGAAGCCAAUGUCGUCGUUAUAGCAUCGUGCAUUCCCACCUUACAACCACUCCUCGAAAUUAUUCUCGGCAAACGAGCAAUAGGCUCCUACAGUCAAGGAAAGAGCGAUCAAUUCAAAGGCAGCAGCAAUUUCCCCUCCUCGUACAAUCGCUCUAAACCAUCAAAAACCCACGACGACCUCGGCUUCACCAACAUCGACCGAGAGAGUCAAGAAAGCAUCCUUCCCACCGACGACAACAACAAGACCAAGAGCCACCCUAUGGGGCGUAUAUACCGCAAAGAUGAUGUGACUGUGGAAUACGAACCAUCUGCACCAUCUGCACCAUCUGCACCAUCUGCACCAAAAUCAAGCCCGGUGUAUACUUCUUGGUGA